AUGGCAACCGUCUUCGGCAAGGCGAUGAAGACAUCCGAUCUCUUCGUCGCUGCCCUUGAGAACGAAGGAGUGGAGUUUAUCUUUGCACUUCCAGGCGAGGAGAACAUCGACCUGGUGGAGUCCCUGAGGACGAGCAAGAUCAAGCUGGUGACAGUGCGUCAUGAGCAGGCUGGCGGCUUCAUGGCAGCCACCGUGGGCCGCCUCACAGGCAGGGCAGGCGUGGCGCUUAGCACGCUGGGCCCCGGUGCCACCAAUUUCUCUACAGCUGUGGCAUACUCGCAGCUCGGCGCCUUUCCGGCACUGUUCAUCACGGGUCAGAAGCCCAUCCUGAAGAGCAAGCAGGGGGCCUUCCAGAUCGUGGACAUCAUCUCCCUGCUCAAGCCCAUCACCAAAUUCUCCAAACAGAUAGCGGACGGCUCCCUGGUGUCCGCCGCAGUCAGAGAGGCUUUCAGGAGGUCAGAGGAGGAACGCCCCGGUGCUGCACACAUCGAGCUGCCAGAAGACAUCGCACAUCAGGAGGUGCAUGCGACUGAUGCAGUGGUGUAUCACGUGGACAAAGUUCGGCGGCCCAUCCCAGAGGACAAGGCCAUCAAGCGAGCAGUGGACAUGAUCAAGGCGGCGAAGCACCCGCUGCUGGUGAUCGGCGCGGGCGCCAACAGGAAGAUGACAAGCAACAUGCUGCGGCAGCUGGUGGACUCUACAGAGCUGCCCUUCUGCGACACCCAGAUCGGCAAGGGCGUCAUCGACUCACGGAAUCCACGGUACAUGGGCACAGCGGCGAUUAGUGAUGGUGACUUCAUCCACGUCUGCAUCAAGCACGCUGACCUCAUCAUCAUGGUCGGCCACGACACGGUGGAGAAGCCGCCAUUCUUCAUGCAGCCCCAGGACGAGCGCAAGGUCAUCCACAUCAACUACUUCUCAGCAGUGGUGGACCCGGUGUAUUUCCCCCAGCUGGAGGUUGUGGGCGACAUAGGCAACGCCGUUUGGCAGAUCAAGGAGAGCCUCAAGGACUGGACACCAACAUGGGACCUCAGGUACUUCUGCUAUGUGAAGCAGCAAAUGGCGCAGCACGUGUCCAAGGGCACCGAUGACCGCAGCAUCCCAAUGAGUCCCCCUGGCGUCGUGGCUCUCCUGCGCCAAUCCGUGCCCGAAGACACCAUCCUCUGCCUCGACAACGGCCUCUACAAGGUGUGGUUUGCGCGGCAGUAUCCAGCCUACAAGCCCAACACGCUGCUGCUGGACAACGCUCUCGCCACCAUGGGAGCCGGGCUGCCGUCUGCCAUUGGUGCCAAGAUGGUGAGGCAGGAUCACACGGUGAUUGCUGUUGUGGGCGACGGCGGCUUCAUGAUGAACUCCCAGGAGUUAAUCACGGCGGUGGAGCAGAAGCUGCACAUAAUCGUGCUGCUGCUCAACGACAGCGCCUAUGGCAUGAUCAAAUGGAAGGCGGAGGGCGUGGGCUAUGCUCCCUACGGCCUGGACCUGAGCAACCCCGACUUUGUGCAGUACGCAGAAGCAUACGGCGCUCGUGGCUACCGCAUCAGCAAGGCAAGCGCUGCCCACACCCCAGUGACAGACAUACAAGUGAUGAUCAUAAUUGUUAAUUUCACUCUUUUCCUGCCAAGAGACAAGGUGCGCCCUGCAGACAAGCUGCCGGUAAAGGUUCCCACAGUCCUACCCCUUGUUGGACUCGCCAGAUCCAAGCAGGACAAUUUUCAAUUGCAGGCACGGUGCUCAGUGUUCAUAUCGCCCCCAAUACAAUUAUUAGCCUUCAAUAUCUUUGUGACUUUAUCAUAUGCUGUCCUGCUUACAUGA